UCUUAGCUAAUUAAAAAUGCAUUUGGUGGUGCUUUUUUCGCUUCUGGUCCUCACAGUAUCUGGACUACCAACAAUCUAUCAGCCAGCCAAGGAGAUCCUUAAGGGACUGGCAUCGCAACCCGAGUUUCCGGACGACCUACAUCGUAUCGUAAACGGACAGGACGCUUCCCCCGGGGAGUGGCCCUGGCAGGUGUCCCUCCAGUACCGUCAGUUCUCAUUCCUGCAGUUCUCUCACAUUUGUGGAGGAUCCCUCAUCAGACCAAACUGGGUUCUGACCGCUGCCCACUGCGUUGAUGGAAUGACACGUUCAAACUUACGCAUUGAAGCUGGGAUCCACAGAGUGUCUGAGAAUGGUGCUACAAGAUCCAUCAACACAAUCAUAAUGCAUCCCCAGUACUCCUCCUCUAGUGCAGGUUACCCUAACGACAUAGCCCUGUUGGAACUCUCUUCACCGUUCACAGUUGACGGGAGUAUCCAGCUUGCCACUCUACCUACAAAUGCUAAUGAAGAUUUCACCUACAAUGCUGACUGUUACAUCACUGGAUGGGGAAGAACUACUGGGGGUGGAUCUGUUUCGGAUGUACUUAUGGAAGCACAAAUGACAAAUAUCGCAAACACUGAGUGUGCAACCCGCUGGUCCAGCGUCAAUGGUGCCGCCAUAUAUGACUUUCACAUCUGCCCUUUCGAACCAAGCAAAUCUGCAUGCAAUGGGGACAGUGGUGGCCCUUAUGUUUGCAACAAAAAUGGCGGUUACAUGUUGGCUGGGGUGACGUCGUGGGGCAUUAGCACGUGUGAUGGAUCUUACCCAAGCGUGUAUACCAGAGUGUCCAAGUAUUUGGACUGGAUGGCAAAUUACAUAUAAAGCUGCGGAUGAACUAUUCAAUAAAAGCAUUUAAUCUGGU